AGAAACCCUUGCCCACGCGAACGCGUCUUCGAGGUUCAUUCCCGUACACGGUGACAAUCGAUGAGAGGAAGUUCCAUUCACCGCUCGCCAGACGCCAUAGAACCGUUCAGACAAGAAGUGGAUCAAAUUCUAAGCGUGCGGUGCGGGAGCCUCCAAGGUACAACAUCUGAUGUGGUUCACGGAAGGCCAUAUCCCGCAGCGUACGCGGAUUUGGUGCAGGAUGUACUCGACGACAAGCAAUAUGAGUCCGCUCUUCGUAUAAUAGACGCAUUUGCUUCCUCGAGAUAUUUCCCGCCAACCUCGAUUUUGUUUGCACUGUUCAGUCUUUCCACAUUGCCUCGAUGUCUUUCUGAAGGAAUACCGCAGGCUGCGGUCGCCAUACUUCAACAGGUGCUCAAGGUGCAUGGCAGUGCCCCUUUCUACCAGCUGUUUUCCGGACCUACGAGUGAUGAUGAACAAACAGCGACUGGGAAAGUACUCUGGGACGUCACGGCGGAUGCAUGGGGCCUUUGGCAGACAGGCAUCACCGAAUGCCUGCCGGGACUGGCCAAAGUGCAGCAAGGCCGAAUGGUGAUGAAUUUUCUUCUGGAACUUGUCCGUACCGAUAUCGGCCUAGCUUUCCAUAAAGACAGCAUCGGUACUUCCCUCGUUGCUACUCUCCUUGGUCGUCAUCGCAAGAUUAAUAUGUCCAGUGCGGUGGAAGUUAUCUCUUCAAUGCUUCAAUUUGAGCUCGCAGAUUCAGAGGUCUUGCGGACUGCUGCUCAAUGGGUCUCUGAGCUGUCGCUUCUUGUAUUUGCUGAUCAUAUAGAAAUGAAGUCUUUUUUGCGAAUGUUCACCCCUACUCUCAGGAGUUUGGAUCGCCCACGUCUGUAUGAGUUCCUGGAGUACCUUCCAUUUUCCCAUCUCAAGGUAGCCCUUGCUGACCUCAUCUUGACUCAAUUGUGUGUGUACCCAACGUCCUCAAGAUCAAGCCGCAAAGCCAGUCUUGGUGAUUGGUCCACGAGUUGCUCUGCACACGCAGUAUCCUUAUGUCUACCUCAACUGAAUUAUCAUCGCCACGCCACACCUUCUAAGCCUAGCGAUUGGGAUACAGUACUGCAAUUAUUCACAAUCAUCGCUUAUGAACAAAAAACAGAUUGCCCGGAAGAGAAGGGUGCCAUACGGUACUCUGUCUGGGAAAUGUACAAGCGAGCGGAACAAGGUACCGAGGUUGCUGUAAAUGCAAAUGAGCUGGAAAUUAUUACGUUGGUUUUGUCAUCAUGAGCCGAUAUUUAGACUUGAGAAAGGCCGAGCUGCCACCCAUGUAGCAAAAGUUUGCAGACGUAGAAUAUGCUUAAUUAGCUCACUUGUAGUUGACAAAGAACGAAGAAAUCCUUGGCCUGGACGUGCCCUAUUAAGAGCGUAGAAUCUGACUUAAAUCCUUGACGUCACCGCCCCUGUAAGAUCCUGGGGACGUCCCCUUUGCAGGGGAAUCUCGCCCGGCAAUGCCACGCCCAGAGCCAUCUGCAUUGAAUCUAUGCUUGUGAGUUCCGGUGUACUGUCAGCAGAACUAUAUUAGCAACUGUACUG